AUGGCUGAUCCUAAUCUCGUUUGUCGACUACAUCGUUCUCUUUAUGGCUCAAAGCAGGCGUCGCAUCAGUGGAACAUGGAGCUUACCACGCUGCUGCAAUCUUUCGGUUACUCGCAAUGCCCUCAUGAUCAUUGCCUCUUCCUUAAAAUUACUGACUCGUGUUUUGUGGCUCUACUUGUUUAUGUCGAUGACAUACUUUUGACAGGUGAUUCAACUACUGAACUUGACGCUCUCAAGGCUCACCUCCAUUCCCUCUUCACCAUCAAAGACUUGGGUUUAGCCAAAUAUUUCUUGGGGUUGGAGUUUGCACGAUCUUCCCAUGGCUUGCUUGUGACCCAACAGAAAUACCUUCCUGACAUUCUUGCUGAUACAAGCAUGCUAGGUGCCAAAGCAGCUCCUACUCCUCUACCUCCGGGACUCAAGUUAUCUGCUGAUGCAGGGUCUCUUCUCCCUGAUCCGAGCUCUUAUAGACGGCUAAUUGGUUGCCUUUUGUACCUUGGCUUCACCAGGCCCGAUGUCUACUUCGCUGUGCAGCAAUUAUCGCAAUUUUUGCAGCACCCCAGGUCUUCUCAUUGGGAUGUUGCGGUUCAUGUCCUCUGUUAUCUCAAAGGUUCAUCUUCUCUUGGGAUUUUCUUCUCUUCCCGCAACACUCUCCACCCUUCAGUCUACACUGACACCUCUUGGGCGUCCUACCCUGAUUCCCGCCGGUUUGUUUCUGGGUAUUGCAUUUUCUUGGGCUCCUCUUUGGUCUCAUGGAGGAAGAAGAAACAAGCCACCGUCUCCCAUUCUUCUGCUGAAGCUGAAUAUCAUAGCAUGGGUGCUGCCGUGUGCGAACUUUUAUGGCUCUCUUACCUUCUACGUGCCUUCAAAAUUUAG